GAUUUUCCUUGCAAUAGUAUAAAGGUAUCGAAUUGAGACAUUAGUACGCUUUUAAUUCGCUACAAUCGAUCGAUUGAUAAGUACGGAUAAAAAAAACAAAUCAAUUUUGUUCCUUAUUGACUACACCAGAUAACCAAAGCAAAACGGAAUGAAAUCCAGUUAAGUACAGAUAGCUAUCUCUUCGACGUGACUUGAUAUGAUUAACUCCCAGGUCGAGUGGAACUACAUAUAAAAUCAUGCUAUUAACGCAGAACCAUGAAACUAUUCAGAGUUUUUCGAAUUGGAUCAAAAAAAUUAAAGCGCCAACAUGAAAAUGCUCAAAUAAUUGCAGAGAAAUGGUGAUGCCUCUCCGCAGAUCUAAACACUAAUCACAACAUACUUUAUUACAGUGACAGAUCAUAACCUUGCGCUUAUAUGACAGGAAUACGAAAAUUUUCAGAUCUAGUCGUCGCUUAAACAAGAAACUUUAAAUACUACGGCGUGCCUCAGAAGAUGGUCAAUAUCAUACGGAAUUCCUAUGAUGGAUUAAACAGCAAAAUUGUGCAUGGAGGACAGUUGACAAACUCGUUCGAGGAAAAGACCGGUGUCAGGCAAGGUCGCUUACUCUCACCCUUUCUCUUUCUCCCGGUGACCGACUGGAUCAUGAAGACGUCAACAUCUGAAGGGAAACGCGGGAUACAGUGGACACCUAGGAUGCAGUUAGAUGAUCUAGACCUCGCAGAUGAUCUGGCCCUUCUAUCCCAAACGCAACAACAAAUGCAGAGGAAAACGACCAGUGUAGCAGCAGCAGUAGGUCUCAAUAUACACAAAGGGAAAAGCAAGAUUCUCCGAUACAACACAGCAUGCACCGAUCCAGUCACAAUUGACGGAGAAGAUUUGGAAGAUGUAAAAACCUUUACAUAUUUGGGCAGCAUCAUUGAUGAACAUGGUGGGUCUGAUGCAGAUGUGAAAGCGCGGAUCGGUAAAGCAAGAGCAGCAUAUUUACAACCAAAGAACAUCUGGAACUCAGAGCAACUGUCAACCAACACCAAGGUCAGGAUUUUCAAUACAAAUGUCAAGACAGUUCUACUGUAUGGGGCGGAAACCUGGAGAACUAAGAAAGCCAUCAUCCAGAAGAUACAGGUGAAUCUAUCUGAAGAUGUUUGUGGCAGUACCUUCCUAUAACCAAGCACUUACUUGACAUCUGUGCUGUUCAGGACAGAUAUUGAACUUUUUAAAUUGACCAAUUGAGUCAUAACAAAAAUAAGAAAAAUAACAAGCAAUCUCAACAAGGUUACAC